CGCAACACCCCCCCUGUCCUCUCCUUUACAGUGCUGUCUCAGGUCCCUGGAUCUAACACUGCUCUAUCUAAACCUGCCCAGUACAAUUGGUGGGGAAAGCACUCUACAGCUUUCCUAGCUGCAUGGCUUCCUGAAAUAACACUUGGUGGUCAGAAGAGAAAGCUUAAAUAGAAUUUUACAUGUGUGAAAAGACUUUUUUUUAAAAAAAAUUACUGACCUGGAUUUGUCCAUUGUGAAUGGAAAAAAAGGAAAUUACACAGCAGGAGUGAAGACUAUCUUCAUAAAUAUGGGGAAUGGGGCCACAGCUAAGUGGUAGAGCAUCUGAUCUGCAUGCAGAAGGUCUCAGAUUCAAUCCCUGGAAUCUCCUUGGAAAACUCCUGCCAGAAACCUUGGAGAGCUGCUACCAGUUAGCAUAGACAACAUUCAACUAGAUGGACUAAUGGUCUGAUUCCGUAUACAUCAUCUAGAAGAGGAUUCUGCAAACUUCUAAAAGGUAUUUGGAAAUGCCUUCCAGAAAUAACGGCAGAGACAAUUCCUCCAAGUCAAAACACUGUCAACCAACGCUAAGUGACAGCCAUAUGGAAGACAACCCUUCCACUGGGAGAGUAAAAAUGAAGAGGACACAACCCGAAAGAGGCAACACAGAAGAAGCAGACAGCACCCCACGAACCCCCAAAUUUGGCAAGAAACAGAGAAACUAUUCUAAGGAGGGAGCAGACCUCUCUCGGGAUGACCUCUUAUUUCUUCUGAGUGUGCUUGAGGGUGAAUUACAGGCUCAGGAUGAAGUCAUAGGAGUUUUAAAGGCUGAAAAAAUUAACCUGGCUUUACUUGAAGCACAAUAUGGCUUUGUUACUCCAAAAAAGGUCCUUGAGGCUCUUCAACGGGAUGCUAUACAAGCCAAGGCUACACUAUGGCAGGAGGAUAUCUAUGAAAAACCCAUGGGAGAGCUUGACAAAGUGAUUGAAAAGCAUAAAGAUACACAUAGACGGAUGCUGGAGCAGCUCUUAAUGGUAGAAAAAUCUCAUAGGCAAACUCUGUAUGACCUAGAGGAAGAGAAGAGGAAACAUACAGAGUACAUGGAAAAAAGUGAUGAAUUUACUAAUUUAUUGGAACAAGAACAAGAAAGAUUAAAAAAGCUUAUUGAUCAGGACGCAACCUACCAGGCAAAAAAGGAAAAGGAAAACAGUAAGAAAGUAAACAGACUUAAAGAGGAGCUGACCAAACUCAAGUCAUUUGCUUUAAUGGUAGUGGAUGAACAGCAAAGACUUACAGAACAGAUCAGCCUGCAAAGCCAAAAAAUCCAAGACUUAACUCUCACUAUAGAACAAGCACAUGAGAAACUCUCCAUUGCAGAAACAAAAGCUCAAGAAGAGGAGCAGAAAGUUCUCAGGUUGGAAGCAGAGCUUCAAGCACAAACCAACAAAGUUUCCCAAGAACAAGAAACUGCAAUGGCCAAACUAACCAAUGAAGAGAGCCAGAAUCGUCAGCUCCAGUUAAAACUAACAGCUCUGAGUCGACAAAUUGAUGAACUUGAAGAGACUAAUAAAUCCUUACGAAAGGCAGAAGAAGAACUGCAAGACCUAAGAGAGAAAAUGAAUAGAGGGGAAUGUGGAAAUUCUACUCUUAUGUCUGAAGUGGAAGAGCUCAGGAAACGAGUCCUGGAGAUGGAAGGAAAAGAUGAAGAGCUCAUUAAAAUGGAGGAGCAGUGCAGGGAGCUCCACAAGAAAUUAGAAAAAGAAGCCUUGCAGAGUAAGAACUUUAAAGCAGACGUUGAUAAACUCAACAAGAGAAUUAUGGAGCUUGAGAAACUGGAGGAUGCUUUCAGCAAAAGCAAGCAGGAAUGUUACUCUUUGAAAUGCAACCUAGAAAAAGAAAAAAUGUUAACGAAGCAGCUGUCCCAGGAACUAGAUGGCUUAAAAGCUCGUAUGGGGGAGCUUGAAACUCUUGAAAGUAAGCUGGGAAAAACAGAGCUCACACUUAAGGAAGAUUUGACUAAACUAAAAUCACUAACAGUAAUGCUUGUAGAUGAGAGAAAAACAAUGAAUGAAAAAAUAAAACAAACAGAAGUAAAGCUUCAGACUGCAAAUUCACAACUUCAACUGGAGCAAAAAAAAGUUAUGUCUGUUACAGAAAAACUGAUUGAGGAAAGUAAGAAGGCAUUAAAAUCUAAGACUGAUGCUGAGGAAAAAAUGUCCAAUCUCACAAAAGAGAGAGAUGAGUUGAGAAACAAACUAAAAGCAGAGGAGGAAAAAGGAAAUGAUCUCUCCUCCAAGAUGAAUUUGCUAAGAAAGAAGCUUCAGUCCCUAGAAGCCAUUGAAAAAGAGUUCCUUAAAAAUAAGUUUAAGGAGACUACCAAACCUAGCACCCCUUUACAGCAAGAAAACAAUAAGAUUAAAGAACUGGCCCAGGAAAUCGAAAGACUCCAACACAAACUUAAAGCAAUGAAGGCCAUAGAAGAUGAUCUCAUGAAAACUGAAGAUGAAUUUGAAUCUCUAGAACGCAGAUACAUCAAUGAACAAGACAAAGCCAAGUUUCUGUCAGAGGAACUUGAAGUUGUGAAGAGAGAACUGGCUCGGUAUAAGUUAGCAGAGAAGACAGAAUGCAAUCAUGAGCAAAGGCUAUUCAGAAAACUCAAAGAAGAAGCAGCCAAGUCAGAUCACCUUUCAAGGGAAGUAGAUGCACUGAAAGAGAAAAUUCAUGAAUACAUGGCAACAGAAGAUGUAAUAUGUCAUCUACAGGAAGAUCAUACAAUUCUGCAGAAGAAACUCACUCAUCAAGAAAACAAGAACAAAGAGUUAGGAAGAGAAAUGGAAACCCUUACAAAAGAAUUAGAGAGGUAUAGACGUUUCAGUAAGAGCCUCAGACCAAGUCUCAAUGGCAGGAGAAUUUCUGACUUACAAGUUUUUUCUAAGGAAGUCCAAACAGAACCAGCAGACAAUGAACCACCUGAUUAUAAGAGUCUAGUGCCUUUGGAACGAGCUGUCAUAAAUGGACAUUUAUAUGAAGAGAGUGAUAAUGAAGAAGAUGACAACCAUGAUGAUGAGCAGACAGUAUCCUUCAAAUGCAAUUCAUCUGUUGCUAAUGCAGUCAACAAUAGCAAACUAUGGAUCCCCUGGAUGAAAUCCAAAGAAAGUCAGCUUCAAAAUGGAAAAGUUCACACCAAGCAGAAUGGAAACUGCAUUCAGCCUGGAAAUCUAGUUCUAAGUCACACACCUGGCCAGCCUCUCCAUAUAAAGGUUACUCCAGACCAUGGACAAAACACAGCCACCCUUGAAAUAACAAGCCCUACCACAGAGGGUUCUCAUUCUUUCACCAGUACAGCUGUGAUACCCAACUGUGGCACACCAAAGCAAAGGAUAACUAUAAUUCAAAAUGGGUCUUUAACUCCUAUCAAAUCUAAAGUGGCUGAUGGUUACUCAAGUCCAGAGCAAGCCACACUACCUCUUACUAUGACUGCCUUCACUAGAUCUCAAACACCAGAAUCAUGUGGCUCUCUAACACCUGAAAGGACAAUGUCUCCUUUGGCUCUGACAAGCUCUUCAAGUUCCCCAGAGCAAGUGCUGUCACCAGAUGCUCUGGAAAUGGGUGACAAGCACACUAUCUUUAGAAUAUCUCCUGAAAGACAGUCAUCCUGGCAGUUUCAGAGAUCUAAUAGUUCUGGUUCUAGUGUAAUAACUACUGAAGAUAAUAAAAUACAUAUCCAUCUAGGAAGCCCUUAUGUUCAAACUACUCCUAAUUCAGCAAAAGCCAUUAGCCCUUGCACCUCUAUGCAGGACACCAGAACUCCAGCAUUAAAUAAUGGAACACCAAGUAAGCCUAUCAACAAAAUCACCAGCAGCAUCACUAUUACACCAACAGCCACUCCUCUCCCACGGCAGUCACAAAUUACAAUUGCAGAUGUCUUCCGUCAGGCAAUCCCUACUCGGAUCCCCAUUCCAAAGGCCACAGGCACAACUGUGGUACCAGAGAAGACACUCACUGGACAACACAAAAAAUCACUUCAGGACAGCAAGUAUGGAAAAUUGCACAUCGCUAGAACUGCACCCCAGGCUGUCAUUCAAAAUGGUGGGAAAAGAUAGACCGCCUGAUGCUGGCAGAAUACAUGUCUAACUUUUGAGUAAUGCAAAUAAACUAUGACAAGAAAAUAUUAAAUGCAAUGAAUUUAUCAAGGAUGUUCUGAUGCCUAUUAACAGUUUCAGUCAUCCACAAAUCCAUGUAAUAUCUAUUAUCGAGUAAGUUUUAUUCACUUAACUAUGACCAUAAUCAUAAGAUUAUCUUAAAGGGUUUUAUUCUGAUAAUGUGUUUCAACAAUAGCCUUUGACAUCUAUGAAACAGAUAAAUCGGACAGAUGACAAAUUAAAAGUUUAGAUUUGAUCAAGGAAGAGAAAAUUCUACAAACAGACAACCGAAAAAGAGAAAUGAGGCAGCUGGAUGUGGCAAUUUAUUUUGCCACCUGCUUUACAUUGCUACAUAUUAAGUUAUAUAAUUUCUACUCACCUGGGACAAGCGGUAAUAGCUGUCAAGUGGCCAACUGAACCUGCCUGCCCCUCCCUCCACAGGAGUAUCCUCAAAGACUGGUAGACAUCGUAGUGUUGCCCUUUGUUUCCCUCAUAGUGCAGUACAGUACUAUGGCAACUACAGUACAUCCAUCAUAAAGCUUUUAGCUUUAAAGUUACAGUAGCUUUUUUAAAAAAGAAAACAAGAGAUCACAUAGACUGGCAGCUAUGAAAAUGCUCCAUGUUUCCCCAGAAGUACAAAUAAUGCAUUUUGGCAAAUUCCAUUUGCACACUCCCCUGACAGAAAAAGGAGAUACACAAAAUUUAUCCUCAGCACUGAGGGGCUGCCAAUCAUAGGAGGAUACUAGAGGCCAAAGAUUUCCAGUCUCAUCUUCUCCUGCCCCUCCCCAUUAAAAAAAAGUAUGCAUAUGCAGAAAUUGCUGUAAGAGGGUGCAAAUGCUGCAUAUCACAUAGCAUAAGUGGGAAGUUAAUGAUCGUCCUUGAGAUACUUAUUUGCAUUGGGUGCUAUGACUUUAAAAGUUGAGAUGCUGUGCAUUUUAAUUAUUGCCAUGUACUUUGUGUGUUAAAAAGAGUAACACAAAUAUUUUUUUAACUUAUUUUAAACUUGGCGUGUUUUGGUUUGUAAAGCAAAAUAUUUUCCUGUAUCUCAUAUCAAAUAAAUUCUUGUAGUAUUUAA